GAGAGUCAGAAGCCAAACAGAGCAACUCCGGCUAAAGGAAGACUCUCACUUGAAACGUGCCGUGAACAAGAACAAGAAGCACUUAACUUAGAAAGAUGAACUGCAGAAUCCCAGUCACCGUGGCUGUCUUUCUCCUGGCUCUGACUGUUCUCUCCGAAGGCAUUGAGCUGCGCUGCCAAUGCAUUAAAAAGGAGUCCCGUUUCAUUCAUCCCAAACGGCUUCUUAAUGUUGAGCUGUUCCCCAGUGGGCCACACUGCAAAGACGCAGAAGUCAUUGCAACUUUGAAAACUGGUGAGAAAAUCUGCUUGGAGCCAACUGCCCCCUGGGUGAAGAUCAUCAUCAAGAAGAUCUUGGAAAGCUCUCAGCCUGCUGAAACCACGACAAGUGACAACUAAUAAGAAGACGACCCUAAUGCUCUGCAGAUGGCAGUAAUCUGUAUAUACGUAUUUAUUGAUAACUUAUUGAUGAAUGCUGUGCACUAAUUUGUGAGCUGGAGUUGUGACACGACACACAACUGGCCUGUGUGGCUCCAUUAUGAAGAAUUUUCUAAAGUCAAUUAUGUUCUAAUGAAUGCAAACUGAAAUCAAAGUGAUUGUGAAAAAUAAAAUGAGCACUGCUGGGGAUAAUGUAAGUGAAAUGUUAACAUGGUGUAAUACUGUGUGUUUAUUGUAUUCUGUAUGAUCAGAAAUUUCUUUUUUAACUGGCUCAUUACAAAAGCAUUUUGAACGUUUGUUAUAGUUAUAGUUAAACACUUCAAUUCUAUUUAAUAAUUAUUUUCUCAAACUGAAAACUGACUAAGAAGUCAAAAACUGUAGCACAUUAUUGUGCAAAUACAAUGUAUUGGUUUUAUCAAUACGCCAAAAUGUUCCUAAAUGCCAAAUAAAAUUUUUACUGUCUUAGACAAGUGAACGCUUUUAAAUUAAUUGUUUUAUUUAUAAAUUCAAUUUUGUUCUUUGUAAAAUGCAUUUGUAUUGACUUAUUAUUGUAAAGCAUACUGAGUUGCUACUAUGUAUGAAAAUGUGGUACAUAAAUAUAUGUUGCUCUUUUUAAUAAAAAAAUUAAUAAGCCUACAAA